GAGCGCUGUGAUUGGCCACUGGAGGGGAAUAUAUAUGUAUAGAUAUGCCUGAGUGUUAAACCGAGGGGGCGGGACUAUAGGAGAAGUGCUGCCCGUCUAUGUUGAUACAGAUCUAAAAAACUGGACUAACAGUGUGUCUGCUUACGUUGCCCUUCGCGUGGACUAAUGAUAAUAUGAAGUGAUGACAUGAGGGUUGCUCCAUCAUCCAUCGUUGAUGGCUGACAGUCAUCCAGCAGCGAGUCCAGCAUCGUGAUUAUAAAGUGCCCACCAGUCCACAUCAACAGCAGUGAUGGAGCCCAUGACGGUGACCACGUCGGUGGUCGGACCGGACGAGUUCGACCGCAACGCCCCGAGGAUCUGCGGCGUGUGCGGCGACAAGGCCACCGGCUUCCACUUCAACGCCAUGACGUGUGAGGGCUGCAAGGGAUUCUUCAGGCGCAGCAUGAAGCGUAAAGCCUCCUUCACCUGCCCGUUCAACGGGAGCUGCACCAUCACCAAGGACAACCGGCGCCACUGCCAGGCCUGCCGCCUCAAACGCUGCAUCGACAUCGGCAUGAUGAAAGAGUUCAUCCUGACGGACGAGGAGGUGCAGAGGAAGAAGGACAUGAUCCUGAAGAGGAAGGAGGAGGAGGCGGCCCGUGAGGCCAUGAGGCCUCGUCUGAACGAGGAGCAGGCCCGGAUCAUCUCCAGUCUGGUGGAAGCUCACCACAAGACCUACGACGCCUCCUACUCCGACUUCUCCCGCUUCAGGCCUCCAGUGCGUGAAGGUCCAGUAACACGCAGCGCCAGCAGAGCCGCCUCCCUCCACUCUCUGUCUGACGCCUCCUCUGACUCAUUCAACCACUCACCUGAGUCGGUGGACACCAAGAUGAACUUCAGCAACCUGCUGAUGAUGUACCAGGACGGAGCCAGCAGCCCCGACUCCAGCGAGGAGGACUCCAAGCUCUCCAUGCUGCCCCACCUGGCCGACCUGGUCUCCUACAGCAUCCAGAAGGUCAUCGGCUUCGCCAAGAUGAUCCCAGGCUUCAGAGAGCUGACAGCAGAGGACCAGAUCGCUCUGCUGAAGUCGAGCGCCAUCGAGAUCAUCAUGCUGCGCUCCAACCAGUCCUUCAGCCUGGAGGACAUGUCCUGGAGCUGUGGAGGACCCGACUUCAAGUACUGCAUCAACGACGUCACCAAGGCGGGUCACACUCUGGAGCUGUUGGAGCCGCUGGUGAAAUUCCAGGUUGGAUUGAAAAAACUGAACCUGCACGAGGAGGAACACGUGCUGCUCAUGGCCAUCUGCCUGCUCUCCCCAGACCGUCCCGGGGUCCAGGACCACGGGCGCAUCGAGCAGCUCCAGGACCACCUGUCUGACGUGCUGCAGGCCUAUAUCCGGGUCAACCACCCGGGGGGGCGCCUCCUCUACGCCAAGAUGAUCCAGAAGCUGGCCGACCUGCGCAGCUUGAACGAGGAGCACUCCAAGCAGUACCGCUCGCUCUCCUUCCAGCCGGAGCACAGCAUGCAGCUCACCCCGCUGGUCCUGGAGGUGUUCGGCAGCGAGGUGUCAUAGCAACCGGCGUGGCUCCGCCCAGCACCGAACCACAGGAUGAUUAAACCAACCCUCGCCGCCUUGUCCCCCCAACAGAACCCCCCCGGCCCUGCUCUACCUGGACCCGAGGGAGAAAUAAAGGAUAAUUAGAUAGAUAGACGGUAAUCUUCACCUCCUCAUCAUCUGAUCUGCUCCUCCUGGACCUCAAGCAGCCUGGACCUUUUGGAUUUACAGAUUUUAAAAAAACGCUGUGGAUCUUUUUCCUGCAGCACUCACAGGAUAACCGGAUUAUAUUCUAACCUCUCUGGAUUCGCCAACACAGCAUUAAAAUGUCAUAACAUCAGGUAGAAAUCUCCAACUCACCUGGAUCAGACGGACCUCCAUCUUCUCCAAAUCCACAGAAAAAGUCGCCUUUUUUCUCAUCAACCACCUUUUUUUUUUUUUAAAUCCAGACAUCUCUGCUAGAUUCCUGCCAUUUUUUUGUUGUUUUUUUACAGUGAAGACAGCUUCAUGGAUGUGACAUCACAUCCUGUUUACCAUCAUCCUCAUAACAUUGUUCCAUGUUGGCAGACAGGAAUCAGAUACACAGAUUUACAUCUAUUAACCAUGCUGGUAGAAGAGAAAAAUACCAGCAAUGUUACUACACUUAGAUAGCUAUAAAAAAAAACUAUUGAUUUCCAGUUUGUUGGCAGCAAAGACAUCCAAAUAUUAUUAUCAAAACAUCAAAAAUAGCCAGCAAACAUACAGCAAUGUAAUGAAAAAAAAAACGUGUUGGUUAAGACGGGCUUUUAGCCCUGUGUAUCUGUAUGUGAGUAGAGAGGUCAAAGGUCAAAGUAAAAGUAGGAACGUUUCCUGUUUGGUGAGAAGAAAUAAAAAGGUGAGAUCGGGAGGAGAAGGAGUUAAAUAAAGGAGGUGGGAUAGAAGGAGGGAUAUGCUACGGUUGGAAUUCCCAGUUCGCAAGACAAAAGGGAAUCUCACAAAACAAGAAUGUAUGUAUAAUGCUAUAUAAAUAUAAAUGAUAAGCUGAUAUAUAUGAAUAUAUAUAUAUUUAAGAGAGAGAAACAUGGUUGCUUCCGUGGGAAGCAAAUAGUUCUGAGUGUUGUAUAAUGUAGAGGAUUUGAAGGCCGCUCCUCAGUCGUAUGUGUCGUCUUUUUUUCUAAAAGACAAACACGCAUCAGAAAGCACUGAGAAGUGUGUGUGAGGAGCCCUUCUAUUUUUGUGAUGUGUGUACAGUAAAUGAGAAUAUUGAUGGACCACAAGGGGGUGUGUGUACAGGCUCUGACCGAGGCUUCAGUGCAGGGAAGCACUUUUCUCUGUUGGAUAUUUUUUUGGACCUGUGAAAGUUUGUAGACUGACAUUUUACGCAAAACACAACGUCAAUGUUUUUUGGUGGAUAGUGAUUUAUCCCAAAAUAUUUGUUAUUAUAUCGGCUGGUUAGAUUGCUGCUAAGACAGUUAGAGCUAGAUAGUUGGGACAGAAACAACCAACUACCGGCUGUUGCCUCAGGGAAAAGUUUGUCUGAUGAUAUUGUGUACUUGGUGUUUAUGGUGUGUGUGGCGUAAGCUUACAAUCAUAAGACAGAGAUUGUUUUUGAAGCUCUAGGCAUCACUGUGAUUUCUAAUCAUACUAAAUAACAGCAUAAGUAAGCUAAAAAGUGAACCUUUUUUUGAGAUAAUAAUUACAUUUUCAUACCUAAACUUAUCAAUUCUAAACUUAUGAGAUGGUUUGCAUGAUUGUACAAUCCAUUAGAGAUCAUUGAUAAAGUGGACCUCCCCAUUAAUAAUAACCCUUUGAUGCACAACAUGACUUUUAAUGAGUUUUUAUAUUCUAUAUCUUUGCAAUAAAUUAAUUGCAUCAGUCAGUAUUGCAGGUUUUCCUCAAUUAGCUUGUUUUUGAUCAUCAUAAAUCCUAAUUUUUUGUUUGCAUUUCUUACUUUUUGCAUAAAAAACUUUUUUUUUCACUAC